GCCUGGGCUGGGCUGCGCAUGCUCAGCAGCGGAGCUGGUGGGGGUCGGCGGUCUGUUUCUGUUGCCUGGGGUGUGCUGCGCAUGCUCAGCAGCAGACUUGGCGAGUCAGGGGCUUCGCAAAGUGUCGGCCGGCAGGGCUGCAAGAUUCGCCGGAGGCGGGCUGCGAGUUCGUGAGAUCGUUUAGCUUGUCCGACGCCCUGCACCUGCCUGGCUAACCUCGGUCACAGGCCCAGGGGUUUCUUCUAUCGGAGGAAGGGGGACUCCGCUUGAAAGUGUCCUGGGGGAGGGACCGGGCGCCAGCAGAUCGAGGCGGGGUCCUGCCGCGGUCUGUCGGGGAUGCCCGGGGGGUCGCGCUCGGUGGUGGGGUGGGGGCGUCUCCAGCGGGCGGUGGAGCUGGCUUAGGUCCCGGCCGGGCCCGGUGUCAGCCUUGCCUCUGUAACGCUAGCUUUGCAAGGCGGGGCUAGGCUUUGCACCGGUGUCCUGUUGGUUGCACAGCACCAGUCCUGAUGCGCUCACCUUGUUUAUUUGCAAAUGGUUUUGCAAUAACAAAGGUUUACUGCAAAAGAGAGGGUCAGGGGAGGCCUCAGGGAUAGGCUGCGGGGUGACUGAAUCUAAUCUUCAUUCUUGUGAUUUAAAUGAAAUACACAGGGUUACCCGGACACUACACUUUUUCCCUUGGGAAAGGAUUAUAGAAUAGAAUAUUCCAGCAUAAUCUAUUUGGAGAUCAUCUUGUUCUAUCCUAGAUAACAGAAGAGGGAAGUGACAGUUGGCAUACCAGUGCCAAACAGGGCAUGCAUGUUAAUGUUUACAUAGUAUUUGUCUUUUCCUAGGAUAAGAUUUGACACUUACCUUGCUGGAGGGUACUAUCUUCAAAGCAAUCAAGUGGUUUAUAGUUUUCCAUUAAUGAGAGGAGAAUAAAUUUUGGCUUAUAAUGUCUAUCCACGAUCCAAACAACCAGAGGGUUCAAAUUAAUACACUUCGGGAGUUUCAUUUUGCAUUUGACGGUUUUAAGAACAAGAGUGAGAUUACAGGUCAGCUUCUAAAAGUAUUCAAAGAAUAAAACAAGAUUUAUUUUAAUAGACAUCUUUUAAAUUAUUACAUGGGCUCAAACAUAGUUUUUCCUACCGUCUAGUUCUGCUCUGAGUCAAAGGGCUAUCAAAAUUAAAUCAUGUUUAGUCUGUGGUUUUAAUGUCCUGUGUGUUUUUAUAUUCUUUCUUUUUCUUUUCUUUUUUUUUUUUUUUUUUUUGAGACGGAGUUUCACUCUUUUUGCCCAGGCUGGAGUGCAGUGGCAUGAUCUCGGCUCACCGCAACCUCCUCUUCCCGAGUUCAAGCCAUUCUCAUGUGUCAGCCUCCCGAGUAGCUGGGAUUACAAGGCACACGGCACCAUGCAGGGCUAAUUUUGCAUUUUUAGUAGAGACAGGGUUUCUCCAUGUUGGUCAGGCUGGUCUCAAACUUCUGACCUCAGGUGAUCCACCCACCUCGGCCUCCCAAAGUGCUGGGAUUAUAGACGUGAGCCACUGUGCCCGGCCUAUAUGCUUUCUUAAUAUCCAUUCUGGAUCAGUGCUGUUGGAAGACAAAAUUAUAACAAAUUUAGUUAAAGAUCUAAUUGGCUUUUAUUCUUGAUUUGUGAGUAGGGCAACCUCCAUUCUACAAAAUAGAAUAAGAGCUCAACAGGGUAAUAGCACAACAGUGGGUUUGUAGGGUGGCAACAAAGAAACAGAGGAAUAGGUAAAAAAGCUGAUUGGUUAACAUCAAGUUACAUUAGGUUACCUUUUUUCCUAAGGGUUAAAGCAGAAGCGACUUCCUUAUUAUUCUGACUCAGGAAGACUGGAAUCUUCUGAUCUCAGGAAAAGCUGGUCUGUUUGAGAUCCAUCUCCUUCUUUAAAGUUUUAGUUUGAUCAUGUGGCAUAUGGCAUGAGUGGCUCCAUUUUGGUUUGGUCUCAUCUUGGGGCCUAGUGCAGGGGCUUAGUCCAAAACAGUGACCUCUCCUGGGCCAGGCAUGGUGGCUUCUGUCAUCCCAGCACUUUGGGAGGUGGAGGCAGGCAGAUUGCAUGAAGCCAGAAGUUUGAGACCUCAUCUCUAAAAAAACCGAAAAAACAAACCCCCCACACACCCCAUAUUAACAUUAUAUAUAACAUCUCCCAUAAUUUUUAACAGAGGUAACACAUAUGAACAUGUUUGUGUAUCUGUUUAAUCAAUCUGUUAUUAGUGACAUAGAGUUCUGAAAAACCUUUUCUCAUGCGUACAAACAAUUGGAAGAUUAUUUUAGCUUGGAAUAAACUAAAUACCUGCUGCUAUAACAAAAUGACAAAAAGAGCUUAAACUGGGCAAUUUAUAAACAACAGCAAUUUAUAGAAUUCUUAUAGUUCUAGAGGUUGAGAAGUCCAAGAUUAAGGUGCCAGCAGAUUUAGUGUCUGAUGAGGAUCCUGUCCUCAUAGGUGGCCAUUUCCUUGCUCUGUCCUCAUGUGGUGGAAGGGGCAAACUGCUCCCUUACAUCUCUCUCGCUCUUUUUUUUUUUUUUUUUUGAGAUGGAGCCUCACUCUGUCACCCAGGCUGGUGGUGCAAUCUUGGCUCACUGCAACCUCCUCCUCCUGGGUUCAAGUGAUUCUCCUGCCUCAGCCUCCCGAGUAGCUGGGAUCACAGGCGUGUACCACCAUGCCUGGCUAAUUUUUGCAUUUUUAGUAGAGAUGGGGUUUCACCAUGUUGGACAGGCUGGUCUUGAACCCCUGACCUCAGGUGAUCUGCCUGCCUUGGCCUCCCAAAGUGCUGGGAUUAUAGGUGUGAGCCACAGUGCCCAGUUCCAUCUCUCUUAUAAGGCCACUAAUCCUAUAAAUGAAGCCUUGCCCUCAUGACUUAAUCACAUCCUAAAGGUCUCACCCCUUAAUACUAUCACAUUUGUGUUAAGUUUCAACAUAAGAAUUUGGGGGGGACACAUUCAGACCAUAGCAAAUAGUACUGUGCAUAUCAUGCAGUGGAUAUGCUAAGUUUUAGAGUCAUCUUUGUAGAAAAUAACAUAUUGAUGACUAGUACUUUAAUAUAUUCUGGAAUAUCGGGGGAACCCGCCCGCAAUAUUUGAACAUAGGUUCCAUUUUCCAUAAGUGUUGGCCAGCUGAGAAAGACAGUAUAAAGAGAGGAAUUUUACAGCUGGGCCGCUGGGGGUGACAUCACAUAUCGGUAGGACCAUGAUGCCCACCUGAGUCUCAGACCAGCAAGUUUUUAUUAAGGGUUUCAAAAGGGGAGGGGGUAUAAGAACAGGGAGUGGGUACAAGUAUGACAGGCUUCAAAGGGCAAAAAGCAGAACUACUAAUAAGGGUCUAACAAAGAUCACAUGCUUCUGAGGGAACCGGACAAAGGGCAAAAGCAGAACUACUGAUAUGGGUCCAACAAAGAUCACAGGGCAAAGGGCAAAAGCAGAACCACUGAUCAGGAUCCAUGUGCAGUGGUGCACAUAUUGUCUUGAUAAACAAGUAACAGAAAACAGGGUUUGAGAGCAGAGAACUGGUCUGACCACAAAUUUAGCAGGGUGGAGUUUUUCCUCACCUUAGUAAGCCUGAGGGUACUGCAGGAGACCAGGACGUAUCUCAGUCCUUAUCUCAACCGCGUAAGACAGACAUUCCCAGACCAGCUGUUUAUAGACCUCCCCCCAGAAAUGCAUUCCUUCCCCAGGGUAUUAAUAUUAAUAUUCCUUGCUAGGAAAAGAAUUUAGUGAUACCUUCUCUACUUGCACGUCUGUUUAUAGGCUCUCUGCAAGGAGAAAAAUAUGGCUCUUUUUGCCCGACCCUGCAGGCAGUCAAACCUUGUGGUUGUCUUCCCUUGUUCCCUAAAAAUCUCUGUUAUUCUGUCCUUUUUCAAGGUGCACUGAUUUCAUAUUGUUCAAACAUACGUUUUACAAUCAAUUUGUACAGUUAACACAAUUAUUACAGUGGUCCUGAGGUGACAUACAUCCUCAGCUUACGAAGAUAACAGGAUUAAGAGAUUAAAGACAGGCAUAAGAAAUUAUAAAAGUAUUAUCUGAGAACUGAUAGGUGUCCAUGAACUCUUCAAAAUUUAUGUUCCUCUGCCGUGGCUCCAGCCGGUCCCUCCAUUCGAAGUCUCUGACUUCCUGCAACACUGGAGUUUGUUGUUCACUGGAUGCUGACAAAUACGAGAAUGAUCCAGAAUUAGAAAAGAUCCGAAGAGAGAGGAACUACUCCUGGAUGGACAUCAUAACCAUAUGCAAAGAUAAACUACCAAAUUAUGAAGAAAAGAUUAAGAUGUUUUACGAGGAGCAUUUGCACUUGGACGAUGAGAUCCGCUACAUCCUGGAUGGCAGUGGGUACUUCGACGUGAGGGACAAGGAGGACAAGUGGAUCCGGAUCUUCAUGGAGAAGGGAGACAUGAUAACACUCCCCGCGGGGAUCUAUCACCGCUUCACAGUGGACGAAAAGAACUACACGAAGGCCAUGCGGCUGUUUGUGGGAGAACCAGUGUGGACAGCGUACAACCGGCCCGCUGACCAUUUCGAAGCCCGCGGGCAGUACAUGAAAUUUCUGGCAGAGACGGCCUAGCAGUGUCUCAUAAAGGUCCCCAAUAUGAUGACUGAGCAGCAAAUCAAUCAUUUUCUCUUUGCUUUUAGAGGAUAGACUCAAGGCUAGGUUAUCUUUCCUUUGUAAGAUUAUUUGAUCAGAAUAUUUUGUAAUGAAAGGAUCUAGAAAGCAACCUGGUAGUGUAAAGAGUCACCUUCAUUUUCUGUAACUUGAUAAGACGAGUGGGUCCAUGGCCCUGCGUUAGUUCAUGCAUUCAGCUCAGACCCAGAUGGAAAUUUCAUCUCCCCAAAUGCAGUUCCUUAGAUGCUCGUCUGGACGUGAUGCCGUGCCUGCCGUGUAAGAAGGUGCAAUCAUAGAUAACACAGCUAGCCAGAUAGAAGACACUUUUUUCUCCAAAAUUAUGCCUUGGGAUGGGGAGUGGUAGCGGGAAGAGCUCCCACCUUAAGGGGCACACACUGAGUUGCUUAUGCCACUUCCUUGUUCAAAAUAAAGUAACUGCCUUAAUCUUAUGCUCAUGGCUUGGAGUUACCUCAUAUUCAGGUAUAUAUGAUAUUUUGCCUGGUUUGUUAAAAUCGUCCCAUUUAGAUUCUUUCUAUAAUUGUUCUUAUAGAUAAGUAAUUUAUAUAUGAGCUGUGUUAGUAUUUUUUCAGUGUGAGAUCUCUGGAUUCUUUCACAAUCAAGCUGUUGAAUUUUAACAAGAGUAUUAAUACAUAAAUUUUCUACUCAACAAUUCUGAGAUAGGAUUAUGCCUAGUUUGUUAUAUCAUAGAAGAACCCCAAGUUAACUUCAUGUUUUGGAAGGGCAGGUCGUUUUUAAAGUAUGUUAGGAUUAAUUUUUUUAAUCACCUCCACAUUGUACAGAGGAAACUCAAGCCUUAAAUGUUUAAGUAAACUCUGUCUCAAUUUUAGGAUUAAAAUAUCCACAGGUGAUGUGAUGGUAACAUAUACCCCAGGGCUUGCUUCUGUCAAGUAUGACUCUAUCUCAGUAAUUAAAAUAAGUGCUGAUCUA